AUGCGUCUGCAGCACUUGCAGUUGCCUGUGAACCACCACACGGAGAUCGUGACGGCGUGUUGCUGGACGCCCGAGAACGACGCGAUCACGUGCAGCGAUGACAACUCCAUCGUGCGCUGGCGAAUGGACGGCGAAGUGGCUGGCGCCGUCGCCAAGAUGGACGCGUUCGUCACCUCGGUGCACUGGGUCCCGUCGGUGGGCAAGCAGAGCGCCGAUACCUUCGCUGUAUCGUGCACCGACGGCACCUUCCGGCUGAUCUCCAAGAGCGGACGCGAGGAGAAGCGCGUGCAAGCCUGCGACGCUGGUGCAGUCAUCGCAUUGAAGUGGAACUACGACGGUACGGCACUUGUCACUGCGGGCGAGGACGGCACACUCAAGAUCUGGUCACGCAGCGGCAAUCUCCGGUCAACUUUGGCGACCACGGGUCGGUCAGUGUACGACGUUUGCUGGGGGCCCGACAGCGACCAGCUACUGUUCACACACGGCAACAACAUGGUCAUCAAGACCGUGCAACUCGGUCGUAAGGAUAUUCAGUGGAAGGCCCACGACGGCUCCAUCCUGUGCUUGGACUGGAAUCCGAUCAACAACCGCAUCAUUUCAGGGGGCGAGGAUCGCAUCUUCAGAGUCUGGGACGCCUUCGGGCGUCAACUGUACCAAAGUCCGGCGGGCGAGCACGUCGUCACCUCCGUGGCCUGGUGUCCCAACGGUAGCUGCUUCGCUGUGGGCUCCUACAACAUGCUGAGACUGUGUGACCAGACGGGAUGGUCGUACUGCCGCCAACGCCCUCAGAGCGGCUCACUCAUGGACUUGGCAUGGGCCUCGGACUCGACGCAGCUUAUCGCUGCCGGCGGCAACGGCGCGACUGUGUUCGCCCAAGUGGUGGGGCGUAUGCUGCCUUGGAAGAAGGUGGAGGUGACGCUUGUAGACCCACGCAAAAUCCACGUACACGACGUCGUCAACGAGACGCUGGAAGAGCUCGACUUCGCCCGGGAUCGCGUGGUGGAGAUGUCCUUCGCUCACGGAUUCCUCGUGGUCUGUACCGCUACUCAGUGCUUCAUCUACGACGCUCAGAGCUGGAAUACGCCGCACAUCUUCGACCUGCGCGCGGCCGUGAGUCUCCUUGUCCAGAGCGAGAGCCACUUCUUGACCGUGGACAACUUCAACGGCAUUCAGGUCUACUCGUACGAAGGCAAAACUGUGAGCAACCCGAGAUUCCCGGGUCUUCACGUCGAGUUCCUGAGCCAUCGCACCAUCUCGCUCAGCAGCGACACGCUGGCCAUCCUAGACCAUUCGGACCGUAAAACGAUCCGGUGCUUCGACUUGAACACGGGCAAGCAGCUACCGGUGGUGAUAACGCACUCGCUGGAGAUCCUCGAGCUGUCGCUCAGUCGCUUUGGCCCCAUGGAGGACCGCAAACUCUUCUUCAUCGACCGGAACCGCGAUAUGUACAUCUCUCGCGUGGCUAGCAAGGGCAACUUCAAGCUGCACGCGCAGGUGGACUCUGCGGCGUGGAAUGACGCAUCGGAGCUGCUCAUCGCCAUCGCCGACUCCAAGUUGCUCACCUGGACGUACCCCAACAUGGUGUAUGUGGACCGUACGCUGCUUGCAGACAUCGUCGAGUCUCGAGACGCCGCCGACUUCUUGAAGAUGGCGGCCAUCACCAGCUUUGUGGGCUCCAGUGUGACUGUGCGGCGCGCUGACGGCACUACACUCGCUGCCAGUGUAUCGCCCUAUGCCCCCAUGCUGUACGAGUUCACAACUUCGGGUGACUGGGACAAAGCUGUCCGACUUUGCCGGUUCGUGAAGAGCAAGAGCCUGUGGACCUGCUUGGCCGGCAUGGCACUGCAUCGACGCCACCUUGAGACUGCAGAGAUCGCACUCGCCUCCAUCGAUUGUGUGGACAAGCUCUAUUUCGUGCUGCACGUCAAGAGUCUGGCCUCCGACGAGCGUCGCAAUGCUGAGUUGGCUUUGUACUCCGGCAACGUCGACGAAGCCGAGGCCAUCCUGCUGCAAGCGCACCCCACUCCGCUCGUGUAUCGAGCUAUCAAGCUGAAUCUGAGGCUAUUCCGCUGGGAACGAGCGCUGGACCUGGCCAUCAAGCACACGACGGACGCUGGGACUCAUGUGGACACGGUGCUUGCCUAUCGGGAGCGAUUCCUAGCGGCAAACAAACUCCAGGAGACCGACAAGAAGUUCCUGCAGUACUCGAAGCAAGUCGCCAUCGACUGGGAGACCAUUUCCAAGAAGAAAGAGCUCGAGAGGGAGAAGGAGCAGCAAAGCGGUGGCGGCAGUCGCCGCAAGUAG